GACCAAAUAGACCAAACCGGUAUUGUAAUCGUAUUGAUAGUUCUACUGGUUCGGCCAAUUAUUCGGUCUCAUUCUUAUAAUAAGGGCCUUUGUUAUGAUUUUGUAAGUUUGAGAACUAUUCUACCACUGAUUUUCAACUUGAACGCGACUCACGAGGGUUGGGAGCGUGCGUCUAUUUAACCACUGCAGAGGAAAUGGUGUUGGGGGACUUGGGUUGUCAGAGAAGGAAGGAAAGGAAUUGUGUCCAUUACAUUUACACCAACCUGAUCCCUUUUUUUCAUCUCUCUUUGCCUUCUCUCUAGCUCUCCCCUGUUCUUCUUCUUUUCUGGUUCAAGCAUGGACCAGAAUCUCCAGUCAGCAGGGAAAGAGCCGCUCCUGCUGCAGCCCACUGAUGGAGAAAACCAGAAGACGAACUAUGGGUUCCUGCGGAUUUUCGCCAAAUGGGCUCUGAGGACGACGAUGUGGGCCAUCUUCGUCGCCUGGGUGGGGUUCAUUUACCUCUACCCAACUCAAUUGGGCGAUUCCCUCUUCCAGAAGUGGAAUCGCCUCACCGAGAAGUCCCUCUUCGGAAUCACAGGGAGCAUCUUGUUGCUGGUGAGCGGGCCGAUAAUGGCGAUUGCAGUUCUGGCCGUUGCCCAUCUGAUUCUGGUUUCUGGGGAAGAUGAAUUUUACCCAAGGAAAAAGAAGUACCCCAGAGCACAGUUGUGGACAUUCCCGCUCAUCGUCGGCGGACCGCUCGGCGUCGUCUCAGCCGCCGAGCUGAUCGGAGUCGUGCUCUUCGUCGGCUACAUCCUAUGGGCUCUCUACUUCUACACCCUGCGGAACCUCGCCCUUCUAUCCACCUUCAAGCUCACUUCCGCGCAGUUCAGCAUCUAUCUGAUGGAGCUGACCGGGCUUCGGUUGGGGAUGAUCGGGUUGUUCUGCUUGGCAUUUCUGUUCCUCCCAAUCGCCAGAGGCUCCGUGCUGCUUCGCCUCAUCGACAUCCCGGUUGAACACGCGACGAGGUACCAUGUGUGGUUGGGACAUGUCACCAUGCUCCUGUUCACUCUCCAUGGCCUCUUCUAUAUCUUGGAGUGGAAGAAUAUUGGGAUAUCGAACCUGGCAGGAGUGAUUAGCCUUUUGGCUGGUCUGAUCAUGUGGGUGACAUCCCUCCAGCCGGUCAGGAGAUGGAACUUUGAGCUGUUCCUCUACACCCAUCAGCUGUACAUUGUGUUUGUGGUGUUUCUUGCAUUCCACGUUGGCGAUUUCAUCUUCAGCAUAGCUGCUGGUGGCAUAUUUCUGUUCAUGCUCGAUCGAUUCUUGAGGUUCUGCCAGUCUCGGAACACUGUUGAUGUCGUCUCGGCUAAAUGCUUCCCUUGCGGCACUGUUGAAUUGACCCUCUCCAAGCCUCAAAGUCUGAGGUAUAAUGCACUGAGUUUCAUCUUCAUUCAAAUCCGGGAACUGUCUUGGCUACAAUGGCAUCCGUUCAGUGUGUCAUCUAGUCCAUUGGAUGGCAAGUAUCACAUCUCAGUUCUCAUCAAAGUUCUAGGGGGUUGGACUGAUAAGCUUAAAGAGAGGAUUGUGACGACGAGCUCAGCUGAUGAAGAUGCAGAGGGAGCAAUAAUUAUGGAACGAAAUUCCAAGAUAUGCAGGAAGUUAACAGCUUCAGUCGAAGGACCAUAUGGCCAUGAGUCACCAUACCACUUGAUGUAUGAGUACCUUGUUUUAGUAGCAGGAGGCAUAGGGAUUUCUCCUUUCAUGGCAAUUCUGAGGGAUGUCUUCCAUCGUCUUGAUGAAGGAACACCCUGCCUACCAAGAGAGAUUUUGCUAGUGUGGGCUGUGAAAAAGUCGGAAGAAAUCGGGCUUCUUUCGACGAUCAGUUUGGACUACUUGCGUUCAGACAUCUUUGAGAAGCUUAACUUACAUAUUCAGAUUUAUGUAACCCGAGAAUCGGAUCCUCCUUUGGAAGAAGGCAAAGUAACUCAUGAGGCUUCCUCAGUAGUCUCUGCUGGGUGCUCUGGCCCAAAAGGAAACCGCAUGUCAGUUCUGGUUGGCACCGGUGACAAUAUCUGGUCCGGACUAUACGUUAUCUCAUCGACACUAGGUUUCAUCGUUUUGCUAGCCUUAAUCGAUGCCUACUACAUCAAUCCCUACGGCAUCUCAUCAUGGUGGUACAAGGGACUGCUCCUCAUGUCAUGUAUGGUCGGAGGUGUUGUUGUGUUUGGUGGCGUGGUCAUUGCACUAUGGCAUCUUUGGUCCAGAAAAGUUUCAUCCACAGAGCAAUUCAAGGCAGAACCUAAGACGAACGGCGCCAAUGGUCUGCACCAUAACGAAUCGAGUACUGCAGAUGAAGAUUUCCCUCCAAGUACAGAUGGGGCAAAGGCGAAAGACUUGCUUACUGCAAGUUCAACCUUCAUCAACUAUGGUUCCAGACCAGACUUCCAAGAGAUAUUCCAAAGCACGUCGAAGAACUGGGGCCAUGUCGACGCUGGUGUGAUGGUAUGUGGACCUCCAACUCUGCAGACCACCGUUGCCAAAGAGAUCAGGUCUCACAAUUUGAGAAGAUACUCUCAUGACACUGUGCUUCAUUUCAACAGCCAUAGUUUUGAUCUUUAA